AUGAGGCCAAAUUCUUCGUUGGCGCUGGUCAGCGCCUUCCAAGCCCUUCGCAUCAGCACCCCCGCGACCCAAAAUGCCGUGCGCCCCGCCAUCCUCUCCGCGACGACGACGGGGUUGUUGAACUUCGCAAAGAGCAGCAGCCCGCAGCUGCAAUCGCAACAUGUCCGCCUGUUCUCCGUGACCGCCAUGCGUGAGGGCAACUGGCUGGAGCCCAACAUCAAGCGAACGCAGAAGAUGAGGAAGGGCCGGCCCAGAGUGCCGACUGGCGGCUCGACCAAGGGCACGACGGUGGUUUGGGGCGACUAUGGGCUGCGCAUGUGCGACCACCACCGUCGUAUCAGCGCUGCUCAGCUGAAGGUGGCCGCCGAUACCAUCAAGCAGCGUCUGCGUGGUGAGAAGUACCGGCUGUAUACUCGGGUCGCGGCGAACGUGGGUGUGUUCGUCAGCGGUAACGAGAUGAGAAUGGGUAAGGGUAAGGGUUCUUUCGACCACUGGGCGGCAAGGGUUGCCGUCAACCAGAUUAUCUUUGAGAUCCGUGGCCAGGUCCACGAGAAGGUCAUCCGGGACGCCUUCCGGCUUGCGGGGAACAAGCUGCCAGGGCAAUAUGAGUUCGUCAAAAAGGGCGACCCGCCGGUCGUCGGCAUCACGAAGCUGGAGAAUGGCAUCACAUUGGAAGACCUCAAACGGCCAAGAAAGAAGCUCCCGCCGCCACCUGAGGCUGCAGAGUCGGCUACAGAGACGGCGACGGCUUCUUCAUGA